AUGUUAAGCUUGCUGAAAAUAAACGCAGUUGACAAGACCAGUGACUACAGCGAGGUGGUAUCAGACUCCUUCCCCUCCGCCCUGGCAGAACCUCUCCCAGAGUUCCAGCUGGAACCCGAGGAUGGGUUCGUCGUGAAGAACCGUCCGGUGCAGCUCCGCUGUAGGGCCGCCCCCGCUACGCAGAUAUACUUCAAAUGUAAUGGAGAGUGGGUCAACCAGAACGAUCAUGUGACCAAAGAGAGCCUCGACCAGAUCACAGGCCUGGUGGUGAGGGAGGUGGAUAUCUCUGUAUCGAGGACCCAGGUGGAGGAACUGUUUGGUCUGGAGGACUACUGGUGUCAGUGUGUAGCCUGGAGCUCUGCAGGCACCACCAAGAGCAGCCGCGCUUACGUCCACAUCGCAUACCUGCGUAAGGCCUUUGAGCAGGAGCCUCUGGGUCGAGAGGUGAGAUUGGAGCAGGAGGUGUUGCUGCAGUGUCGACCCCCUGAGGGCAUUCCCCCUGCUGAGGUUGACUGGUUAAAGAAUGAGGAAACCAUAGACCCAUCUCAGGACCCUAACUUCCUGAUGACCAUUGAUCAUGACCUCAUUAUUAAACAGGCCCGUCUCUCUGACACGGCCAACUACACCUGUGUGGCACGUAACCAUGUAGCCAGGAGACGCAGUAGUACCGCCACGCUUAUCGUCUAUGUGAGUGGGGGCUGGUCUUCGUGGACUGAGUGGUUGGAGUGUAGCGCCCGCUGUGGGCGGGGCUGGCAGAGACGGACACGCAGCUGCACCAAUCCCGCUCCUCUAAACGGGGGAGCCUUCUGCGAGGGCCCGCCUUUUCAGAGAGUUACAUGCACCACUCUAUGUCCAGUGGACGGAGGCUGGACAGAGUGGGCCAAGUGGUCAGUGUGCGGGACAGAAUGUACCCAUUGGACAAGCAGGGAGUGUCAGGCCCCCCCUCCCCGAAACGGAGGACUCCACUGUAGUGGGAGCAUGAUGGAGAGCAAGAACUGCACAGACGGACUCUGUACACGCACGUUGGACCCUGGUAUUGGUGUAAUGGUGUAUGCCGGCCUGGUGGGUGCGCUGUUACUCUCUGUGGUGCUGGUACUGUGUGUUGGGGUGUUGGCAUACCGACGCAACUGUCGCCAUCUCCACGGUGAUAUCACUGACUCCUCCUCCGCCCUCACCGCCGCCUUCCACCCCGGCAACUACAAACCACCCAGACAGGACAACCCUCACCUCCUCCACCCCUCUGCGCCCCCAGACCUGACAGCCACAGCGGGUACCUUCAGGGAUCCUCUCUUCUCCCUGCGGCAGGGUACCAACGAUGGUCACCACAAGAUCCCCAUGACAACCUCUCCCCUGCUGGACCCCCUGCCCAGCCUCAAGAUCAAGAUGUACAACUCGUCCACCCUGUCGUCCCUGGAGCUGCCAGCAGAGCUCCGCGGCGACCCUGAGAUCCUCGGCCUGAAGCACGUGGACGGCACCGUGGGCAGGACUGUGGCAUGGGACAGCCUCGGCAGAGAUGGGUACCACCACGGCUGUCAUCAUACAGUGGUCAGAGAUCCUGGCCACAGCACCUCCGCUACCCUGGGCAGCCUGGGGGGACGACUCGGCAUCCCCAACACAGGUGUGAGUCUGUUGGUUCCACCUGGUACUAUUCCACAGGGGAAGUUCUAUGAAAUGUACCUCAUUAUCAACAAGUCGGAGAAAACUACGUUACCGUCGGAGGGCAGUCAGACAGUGCUGAGCCCGGUGGUGAGCUGUGGUCCAUCAGGCAUGCUGCUGAGUCGACCUGUGGUCCUCACUCUGCCACACUGUGCCCAGCUAGAUACCCCAACACCAGACUGGACCCUCACCCUCAAAACACAGACACACCAAGGGGCAUGGGAGGAGGUGCUGACGGUGGGGGAGGAGAGUCUAUCGUCCCCAUGCUACCUCCAGCUAGAGGAGUCGAACUGCCACGUGGUGAUGGAGCAGUUGGGGACCUACGGUCUAGUGGGCCAGUCCUGCCCUCCCCAGCCCGCCUGUAAGAGGCUACAGCUGGCCCUGUUCGCCCCCAGAGCCCCCUGUCUCUCCCUGGACUACAUCCUGAGGAUUUACUGCACACAGGACACGCCACACGCCCUGAGGGAGGUGUUGGAAUUGGAGAGGAGUCUAGGAGGGGUGUUGAUGGAGGACCCUAAACCCCUGCUGUUUAAAGACAGUUACCACAACCUGCGUCUGUCCAUCCAUGACAUCCCUCACUCACACUGGAGGAGCAAACUACUGGCCAAGUACCAGGAGAUUCCUUUCCACCACAUCUGGAGUGGUGGUCAGAGACCCCUCCACUGCACCUUCAGCCUAGAGAGAGGCAGCCUGGCCGUGUCUCAGCUCUCCUGUAAGAUCUGUGUCAGACAGGUGGAAGGAGAGGGACAGAUCUUCCAGCUGCACACUGACAUACAGGAGACCCUCCCGCCCUGCUCCCCUAUCCCCUCCGGGGGUACCUGCCUGCCCUCCUCCCAGGUGGGGCCGUAUGCCUUCCGUCUGCCCACCACCAUACGACAGAAGAUCUGUGCCAGUCUGGAUGCCCCCAGCGCCCGCGGCUGUGACUGGAGACUGCUGGCUCACAGCCUGGACUUCGACAGGUAUCUAAACUACUUUGCAACAAAGCCCAGCCCCACAGCUGUUCUGUUGGACCUAUGGGAGGCCUGUCACCAAGGUGACGCGGACCUGGUGUCCCUGGCGACAGCUCUCGAGGAGAUGGGCAAAAGUGAGGUGAUGGUUGUCAUGACGACAGACGGGGACUGCUGA